AUUUGACUUUUUAACUUCAGUUCUCAUUACUUUCUCGUGCCUGCAACAUCUUUAAAAAAAGUAAUCUUUAAAAGUAUAUUUUUCUGUGAUGUAGAAAGAAAAUAAAAGUAUUUAAAAUUAUAGUGCCUGUGAUUAUAGUUCUGUGAUAUAGUAAGCUGGUAUAUAGUUUACUUUGCAUUUGUGCUUACAUCUGAGACGUAAACAAACUUUUGUUCUGGCAAAAGAACGCCUCAAACGCUUGCCAAGAUGAGCAGCUGGUAUUUGGAGCAUGUUACGACCCGGGACAAGAUUAUCCUCCACAAGGGGGAUAAUGUUAUGGGCCGCCAUUCCCGCUGCAGGAUUGUGAUGAAGGCGAGCUACGAGUACGUUUCCCGGGAGCACGUCAACAUGAUUGUCGACGGCGACAAAGUAGUGGUUAAAUCAAUGAACGCUCUGAACGGAGUCUUUAUCAACCAAGGACGUUUAAGUAACAAGAUUAAGUGCCUUGAGGUACUCGAGGGCUCCGUCAUCAGCUUGGGAGUGGAGGGACCAGCCAUUGAUGUGCCUGCUAACCACGCCAUGUUCAUCCUACGAAAAAUAGCCCCAGUUGAAGAAGCCGUCGUACUUUCUUCAGACGACGACGACACUAAUCCGCUGCCACCUUUGAAAACGCCCCUUGGUGCCAAGGAUCCCAUAGAGUUUAAUCUGGAGAAGCAGCUCAAUGGCAGCGAAAAUAUUCCAGAUAAGAUUAAGAAGGAUGUCCAGGCUCCCUGCGCCAACCUGCACCUCCCCAAACUGCCCGAAGUGAAGCAGGAACUGAUGAAACAAACCUCCGAAGAAAUUACUAACAUCUUCGGCGAACCGAAUGAGGCCAUACUGGGAGGCGUUUUAAACAUUAAUCCCUAUAUUUAUAAUACUCUUAGCGCUCAAAGUGGCGCUAGUAUGAGCACCGCCAAGAAAAUGCACGAUGGCGACUCAAUAGAACUAGACUCGGUGGAGGAAAAUGGUGAAAUGCUUCCGCCGGCAGUGCCAGCCCAAAAAAAUAAAGCGAACGAGGAAUUCGACGAACGGUUCGAAUUUUCCCAGGCUGUGCUCCAAGAAAUUAAGGAUGAGAUGGACUUCUGCGAUGGAGAGGAAGACUUUCUGGAGACAAAUGGAUUAGACUACGGUGAUCCUGAAUCUCCUUCGUCCCAGUUGGGUGAAGGCGAGAUCAUCUUGAGUGAUGAUGAAGAUUACGACGUAUCCAGUUGGUCUGAUAAAUUGCAUAGCCAGAAACCUGCCGAUGACUUCCCCAUGUCGCAGGCAUACCCCAUGAUGGGGGAUGCUGGAUCGGACAACGAAUCCGAGAUGCAAGUGAAAAUUCCGCCUAAGCCACUGUGCAUCGAUACCAGCUCCUCUGAAGACGAGGACCCCAGUGGCAGUCUUCGCGAAGCGGACAGUACAUCAUUUAUCCGGCAAUGCUACGUUCGUCUUCAACCUGUUGCUCAGCCAGAAAUCAGCUCUACGGUCGAAGAACCACAACUAUUCUCACGGCGCAACAAGAAAGCGUCUAAGACUGAAGAGAGGAGCCAUGAACGUCUCUUUCAACGACGCCCUGCUUUAAAAGAAGCAAAUAAUAAAUCCAAUGAUAGUGACAUUGAAAUAAUCUUAGAUAGUGGAGACUUAUUGGAGAAAGAACCACUUAUUCCUGACCAACCAUCCUCUCCUAAGGUUGGCGUGGCAAAAGAUUCAGAAAAGCCGAAAACUCGUAGUCGUUCCAAAUCAGUGGCUUGUCGCGAGGACUUGGAUGCGGACACUCCCACCACGUCCAAGAAAUUCGUGGCGGAAAAACUGCCAAUUCCUAAUCUUGAGGCUGAGAAAAGUUCGGAGAAGUCUAAAAUGCGUACUCGAACCAAAUCGGUGGCUUGUAGGGAGGACUUGAAUGCAGAAACUCUCACUACGUCCAAGAAACUCGUGACAGAACGACCAUCCAUUAGUAGUAUUGAGGCUGAAAACAGUUCGGAUAAGUCGAACAUUCGGAAACGAACAAAAUCAGUGGCUUGUCGCGAGGACUUGGAGGCAGAAACUCCUACCACAUCCAAGAAGUCGAGUGUCCUGGGAGCCCUACACAAGCCAGUGGAGAAAAGCAUGCGUCUUCGUAACCGUUCCAAAUCUUGUUAUGUUGAGGAACCAAUCGAACUGGACAUCCCAGAAGAGGAAUUGAAACCUGUGGAAAUAACAGAGUCGAAGGCGUCUUCGUCCACGAAAACAUGUUCCAUAAAACAGCGACGAAAAAGUAUCUGUGACCAAGAGAACGAUAAACAAAAGUCAAAUAGUGUGCUUGCGAAGGAGUCUAAAGAAGCUCCCAAGCCAGCGGAAUCUCUAACCAAACCUAGAAUAAGUCCCCGUCUUCAAAACCGAGCCAAAUCAUGCUACGUUGAGUUCGAAGCUUUGCCCCCCGCAUCAAGUGAUUCAGCGAAGAAAGAGACCAAGAAAUCAUCACCAGCUAAGACUGAUGCAUCCGCCAGAGUAUCGGACUUCAAGGAGAAUAGACUGAACCGCGGUCCUUCAGUAAUAGAUCCGCCUGCCCUGCCACAGAAUCGUGGCAAGCUCAGGGGAGUUUCCGUUGAGGUGAAGGGUCAGGAUAAACAGAAGCAAUAUGUGCUUGCGAAGCAAAAGCUUAUCGAUGAUGCGAAACGAUUGAACGACAAAUGGAAGCAAAAGCCAAAGGAUAAGAAAAAAGAGGACAAGGAGAUAAAAGACAGACGCCGGGAGGUAUUAAAGAAGCUAUCCGAGAAGCCAAAGGAGCAGGAAAAGUCGAGUGGCGAGAAAAGGAAACACGCAACCACCGUGCCAACCGUGAACAACUCCAAUCGUGGCGAAUUCCUGACCAAGGAAGUAGAGGGUCCACCACCGAAAGUGCCUAAAAAAGACAAUGCUAAGAAGGAUCAGAUGCCCGCACCCAAAAAACCAUUGCCACCGAGGCGGUCUACGAUUGAAAGCUUCUCCCAGCAGCUUCUGGCAGCCGAUGAUGCAACUAUUAAUCAGCCAAAGCGAGGCGCUCGUCCGGCGGAGCGUAGGGAAGCGGAAGCGGCUAGAAACCAGCGUACCUGCAACCGGGUGACCUUUGCCGAAAUGGAACGCCAAAGACAAUGGCAAGAGGACCAAAAGAAAAAGAGCAAGCGCGUCCGGUUCGAUGACAACGUGAAGAUUAUCUACAUCGAAAAGAUCGUUGGAGUUUCGAAGUUCAGAGGCUCGAAAGAGUCGAAUAAGCUUAUCCUUAGCACCUAUAAGGAGCGCAGGGAGUGGACACUUAAUGGCGGGAAGGCAACCAACGACAUCAGGCACCACUCCAGGACAAUAUUGAAAUGGGGGAACCAGUGGCUUAAGCACCGGAGUGUGGAUGCGGUUGCCGAGACUGAUGUCCUUAUUCCCAUUCCCCAAGAUUUUGAAAACUUCAAGCAGUACAGGAACAUCAUUAUUCCGCUGAUGAAACUAGAGCUGCUUUCCACCAUCGAACGAGACUACAAGAGCUCGAAUACCACUUUUGAGGUCGGCGUUGUGAGCGUCUACAGCGAGGACAACUGUUAUCGCUUGAUUACCAGAGUCAACAGCCGUCCCAUCGGAAAAUUUAUCCUUUACACGCUGAAAAGUGGCAGCGAACUUCCCGAAACUUUUGGCAACCUGCAAGACCAAAAGUGUAUUGGUGGAAACGCCUACAACAUGACCUUCGAUAUACUGAUGCAGGACAUUUCGCUGGAAACCAUGAACAAAAUCAAGCGCAUUACUGUCCGUCCCGUGAUCGAUAGUCUGCGCAUCGAGCUGGGGGCCAUGAGUGCCGUGCAUCAGCUCUACCGGUCGCCGCUUUGCGGAAGGAUCAUGCGGCCUGCGAAGGCGGCAAUGCCAUUCCGGCUGCCAAAAACAGGCCAAGCAUUCAACUACAAGGGCUACGACAAGUUGAAUGAACAUCAAGAGGAUGUCAUCCUUAAAACCUACCAGCGGGUUAUCGACGACGCCAAUCCCAGCCUGACGUUGAUACAGGGUCCGCCUGGAACUGGGAAAUCCGCUGUGAUAUCGAACAUCUCGCUGCAAUGCUUGUACGGUAAUGCUGCCAACAAACUAGAUCGAAAGAUCCUGAUUUGUGCCCACUCCAACACUGCGAUAGACCGCAUCGUGAGCACGCUCUAUUCCGUCCACCGCCUGAUGAGCAAAGUGCAAUUCGAGCUACUGCGUUUCGGAUUGUUCGAGAAAAUGAGCGACAAGGCGCGUUUUUUCUCCCUGGAAGCGCGAUUUCAAAUCGUCAAGGAUCAGAAACUCAAGCGGUUAUCGCCCGAGAACUUGGCGAUUCUUCAAAAGCAGUACGCGGUUCUUAAAUCCGAUAUUAUAAAGUUGAAGGAGAAGGAGAAUCUCGCAACCACGUACCUUCAGCAGCAGCUCCAGCAAAAGGAGAAACAGCUACAGUUAAUUAGCGAGCAGAUCCAUCCGGGACUGACACAACGGGAGGAGUUCGAGAUCGCCAAGAGUUGCCUUAGCCGGGCCAACAUAGUCUGCACCACCCUGUCCUCGUGCGUCAAGCUGGCCAACUACAUAGACUUCUUUGACAUCUGCAUCAUCGACGAGGCCACACAGUGCACAGAACCCUGGACACUCCUGCCAAUGCGAUUCGGCCUGCGACACCUUGUUCUGGUGGGGGACACCCAGCAGCUCCCGGCGGUGGUGCUCUCCCAGAAGGCUAUUGAGUACGGACUUUCAAACUCGAUGUUCGAUCGGAUUCAAAGGAGCCUGCAGAAACAACUCGAGAGCCCCGGGUCAAAUCAGUUUAUUCACACGAAACUGUUUAAGCUGAGUGUCCAGUACAGGAUGCACCCGGAGAUAUGUCGCUGGCCGAACAAGUACUUCUACGAGGACCAACUGGUCAGUGCGCCAUGCACCGAAAAAAGUGCGGCUCUCAUUCCCUAUAGUGUCAUCAAUCUGAGCUACACCAGGGACAGCAGUACCAUGUCAAACAGGAGCAUCAGCAAUGACGAAGAGGCACGCUUUGUGGCCAAACUGAUAACAGCGAUGCAGAAGCUCAUGCCCACCAAAAGAUAUUCCUACGGACUGAUCUCGCCAUACAGCAACCAGUGCUACGCCUUGAGCCAAGUAAUGACGGAGGACAUGAAGGUGACUCCCCUGACCAUCGAUGCGUACCAAGGUCUCGAAAAGGACGUCAUCAUCAUUUCGUACGCAAGGACGCGCGGCUGCGGCUUCCUCUCGAACUACCAACGCCUCAAUGUUGCCCUGACGAGACCGAAGCGAUGCCUGGUCAUAUGUGGAAACUUCGAUGAUCUACAGUCUGUGGACAUGUGGCGGCAGCUGCUAGACGAUGCCCGCCAGCGCAACGUUUACUUCGACGUGGAACGCAAGGACGCAGAUGACCUAACAGUUCUGAUGGAGAAGAUGGCCACCAAGAGAGCAGCGCCUCCAAGACAAUAGCAUUGACGAAUAUGACAGAAUAGGAGUUGCAGAGGCUAAUAUAGAUAUAAGAAAAGUAACAUAAUUACAGAUAUGUGCCAUACAAUGCCAAAAGGGGCUUCCAAAGAGUUGAAUUAAAUACAUUUUUUUUACAUUCA